AUGGCGACUCAACGGAGCUCUCGUAUCGCACUCGCAAAUGGUAGCAGAUACCUCGAGGGGAGCACACUCAGGAAGUCUUGUCGAUAUGCCGCGUUUGGUUCGCAAAGAAGGCAAGGCUCAACCGCGCAACCAUCUGUACUCGAUAAUCCAUCGGUAAGAUGUGCUCGCCCUUCACGGUCAAGAUUGCGAUCUACAUCACGAUCUCUACAUUCCAGCGCGCCUCGCAGAGACUCAAAGCUGUUCGAAGGCCUUUUCAAAACCUUGCCCGAGGGAGCUCUUUCUCCGUCUCUUCCAAACCACGCCUUCAUUGCAUUGGGCAGCAAUAUCGGUGAUAGGUUUCGUGCGAUCGAAGACGCCUGUAUCAGCAUCGACGAGGACGACGACAUGCAGAUUGCAGAGACGAGUCCACUGUACGAGACGGCGCCAAUGUAUGUCGAGGACCAGGGCAAUUUCUUGAAUGGCGUUUGCAAGAUUCGAACAAAACUUUCGCCCAUGGAUCUGCUGGACAGAUUACAAUCCAUUGAGAACACGCUCGGCCGUGUCAAAUUGAUUGACAAAGGCCCGAGGAAUAUCGACUUGGAUAUUCUGACAUACAACACUGAAUCCAUUUCAUCAACACGCCUCACAGUACCUCAUGCCCUGAUGCUCGAGCGCGAGUUCGUCUUACGACCUCUAUGCGACACAUCAGGGUCAAAGUUCCGUCACCCUUCAAGCGAGUCGUCGGCCGAAGAGCAUCUCGCCGCGCUACCUCCAUCCAUCUUACCCAUAUCUCCUCUCACACCUCUAGCUCCCAUUCACAACCCGAUCAGGUCGACGGAUCCCACUCGCCCAACGAGAGUUAUGUCCAUUCUUAAUCUCACGCCUGACUCAUUUUCCGAUGGUGGACUCCACUCCUCGGAUGAGGCUUCACUCGAGGCAACCAUAUCUGCGCAUAUUGCCGCAGGAGCAACGAUCAUUGACGUCGGCGGCCAAUCGUCUCGUCCGGGUGCCGCGGACAUCACAGCUGUCGAAGAGACUUCUCGAAUCCUUCCCGCCAUCCGUGCUUUUCACAACCUACCAAAGUCUAAGACGACAGGCAUUGCGCUCUCUAUUGAUACAUAUCGUGCGCCUGUGGCUGCUGCCGCUAUUGCAGCAGGCGCCCACAUCAUUAACGACAUCUCUGGAGGGUUGCUCGACCCGGACAUGCUACCGACAGUGUCCCGGCUCGGAUGUACAUAUGUCCUGACGCACCUUCGGGGUACACCAGGAACAAUGCAAAACGCAGAGAACACUUCCUAUCCCGAUGGACUGAUUCCCACCAUUAUCGACGACCUUGCGGCACGAUGCGCCGCCGCACAGGAAGCCGGCAUCAGGCGCUGGCGAAUUAUCCUCGAUCCUGGCGUUGGCUUCGCGAAGACGACGGCGCAGAACCUGGAGAUCCUGAGGAGAAUGCCGGAAUUGCGAAAUGCUCCUCCACUGCUAGGAUAUCCGUGGUUGGUCGGUACCAGCCGCAAAGGGUUCUUGGGCCAGGUUCUAGGACUCGAAAAGGGGCAUGGUGCCAAGGAGAGGGUCUGGGGAACAGCCUCGACGAUGGCGGCUGCUGUUUGGGGUGGUGCAGAUGUGGUAAGAGUCCACGAUGUCAAGGAGAUGGCACAGGUUGUACGAACCGCAGACAGGGUUUGGCGGAAUGGAGAGUCGUAG